UCCUCCUCCUCCUCCUCCUCUCCUCCUCCUCCGCGGACUCGCCUUUUCUUCUUCAAUCUCGCUCCGCAACAAUAACCCUACCACCAACCGCGAACUCGAGGUUUCGGCGGCAAAGACACCAAGAAGAGGGUAAUGGAGGAUCGUGUGUACCCUUCGUCGAAGCCCAUCCCGCCUCCUCCUCAGGCAGCGAACGGGGGGCCGCCGUCCUUCCCUCCGACCAAGGGACAGGCGUACGGCACCACGCUUCCCACCUAUCGCCCCCAGGCCCGCAAGGCUCCACCUCCCCGGCGCCGUAGGAGGGGCCGCUGCUGUUCCUGCUGCCUCUGGUUCACUCUCAUCCUCAUCGUCCUCGUUUUCCUCGCCGCCGUUGCUGCGGGCGUAUUCUACCUCAUCUACCGCCCCCACCGCCCUGUAUUUGACGUUUCCGGCCUCCGCCUCGCAGCGUUCAAUGUCUCCGCAGCCGGGCAGCUCACCUCCCGGAUCAACCUCAACGUCACAGCCCGCAACCCCAACCACAAGCUCGUCUACCUCUACGACACUGCUUCCGUCUCCGUCCUCUCCGAUGGGGUGGACGUCGGCGACGGCUCCUUCCCUUCCUUCGUCCAGGACUCGAAAAACACGACCCUCCUCUCCGCCACGCUGACCUCAGGCCAGACGCUGGACGCCACGGCGGCGUCGGAUCUGAGGAAGAGGACGUCCCUCGCACUAGAAAUCAACGUGAGCACCAAGGUGGGGGUUAAGAUCGGGAGCCUGAAGACGAAGAAGUUAGGGAUCCGGGUGCGCUGCUCCGGCGUCAACGUGGCAGUGCCGACGAGGAAGGCCGCGCCAGCAACGGCCUCCACCUCGAACGCCGCCUGCAAGGUCAAGCUCCACCUCAAGAUCUGGAAGCUGACCAUCUCGUAAAAUCGAAUCUCCUCUCUCACUCUCCACACUUAUCAUACUGCGACAAUUUGCACUGCCAUGAAUGGAAAUGCGCAAGAAAUCGAAGAAAAAGAAGAAGAAGAAAAAAAAUCUGAUUUGUAAAAUUAAGCAGAAAUCAAACAAUUGUAGCUUAUCUCGUAUUUGUUUUGCUGUUUUUGGAUUGUGGAAAAAUAUUGUAAGGUUUUGUGUAAUAAUGAUUGAUUCAAAUUUGAUUGAAUUUGCAAA